UUACUAUGCGACUUUCCUAUUUUCAUAUUCUUCUUUAACAGGAAGAAGACAAAGAUGUUCUCUAAGAUACAAACCAUAUUGUUUCUAACAUGUUUUGCUUUUGCUAUCUUUCCUGGAGGAUCCAAUGCCCUCGACUGCUCAGAUGAUGAGUUACAAAACUGUAACAGAGCUAGCUAUGAGUUACACGCCAUGGGUAUGAAAUCACAGAUUUGCAGUACCACCAGCAGAAAAAUGAAGUGUAUAAAAUCAGUAACUGAUUACUGCAACUCAAAACCCAUAGCACCUGCCCUGGUUAUCAGCAAAGGAAUAACUUCUACGGAUCUGUUGAAAGAACAGCGAAAGAAGUGGGGAUGUGAUAAUACAAAUGGAGGAGAGAACCUAAAGACUUGUCUAAUAACAAAGGGAAAGGAGGAGGUAAUGGAGACUAAUGGAGUGUUAAUUCUGGUGAGG